AUGAGGCGCCGCGCGGUCCUCCGCCAGCCGGGUCCCCGGGCCGGAGACCCGGGCCGCGCGCUCCUCUGUGUCCUCUGCUGCGUCCUCCCGCAGGCCGCCCCGCAGGUGCUCAGGAUCGGGGGGAUCUUUGAAACUGUGGAAAACGAGCCUGUUAACGUGGAAGAGCUGGCGUUCAAGUUCGCGGUCACCAGCAUUAACAGGAACCGGACCCUGAUGCCCAACACCACGCUGACCUACGACAUCCAGAGGGUCAACCUGUUCGACAGUUUCGAGGCCUCGCGGAGAGCCUGCGACCAGCUGGCCCUGGGCGUCGCCGCGCUCCUGGGCCCCGCGCACAGCUCCUCGGCCAGCGCCGUGCAGUCCGUGUGCAACGCGCUGCAGGUGCCACACGUGCACACCCGCUGGCGCCCCCCGGCGGCCGACGGCCGGGACCCCUUCCACGUCAACCUGCACCCGGACGCCGCGGCCAUCAGCCGGGCGGUGCUGGACCUGGUCCUCUACUUCGGCUGGAGGGCCGUGACGCUGGUCUACGAGGACAGCGCAGGGCUGAUCCGCCUGCAAGAGCUCAUCAAAGCUCCCUCCAGGCACAACAUUCGGGUCCGGAUCCGGCAGCUGCCGGCCGGCAGCAAGGACGCGAAGCCGCUGCUGAAGGAGAUGAAGAAGGGCAGGGAGUUCCACGUGGUCUUCGACUGCUCGCACCGCCGCGCCGCCGAGGUCCUGAAGCAGACCCUGCUCAUGGGCAUGAUGACGGAGCACUACCACUACCUCUUCACAACCCUGGACUUGUUCGCCCUGGACCUGGAGCUCUACCGGUACAGCGGCGUCAACAUGACCGGCUUCCGGCUGCUCGGCGUGGACGACCCGCGGGUGGCCGCCGUCGCGGAGAAGUGGUCCAUGGAGCGGCUGCAGGCGCCGCCCAGGCCGGAGGCGGGCCUCCUGGACGGCACGAUGACGACGGACGCGGCGCUGAUGUUCGACGCCGUGCACGUGGUGGCCCUCGCCGCGCACCGGGCGCCCCAGCUGGCCGUCAGCUCGCUGCAGUGCCACCGACACAAGCCCUGGCGCCUCGGACCCCGGUUCAUGAGCCUCAUCCGGGAGGCUCGGUGGGACGGCCUGACCGGGCGCAUCGCCUUCAACAGAACCGACGGCUCGAGGAAGGACUUCGACCUGGACGUCAUCAGCCUCAAGGAGGAGGGGACGGCCAAGGUCGGGGUGUGGAACUCCAACCGCGGGCUCAACAUGACGGACGGCCGCAGGGACGGGCCCCACAGCGUCACCGACGCGCUGGCCAACAGGACGCUCGUCGUCACCACCAUCCUGGAGGAGCCCUACGUGAUGUUCAGGAAGUCGGACACGCCCCUGCACGGGAACGACCGGUUCGAAGGGUACUGCCUGGACCUUCUGAAGGAGCUGUCCAGCAUUCUGGGCUUCCUCUACGACAUCAAGCUCGUCCCCGACGGCAAAUACGGGGCCCAGGACGACCGGGGAGAGUGGAACGGGAUGGUCAAGGAGCUCAUAGACCACAGGGCAGACCUGGCGGUGGCUCCUCUGACCAUCACGUACGUGCGGGAGACCGCCAUCGACUUCUCCAAGCCCUUCAUGACGCUGGGCAUCGGCAUCCUCUACCGGAAGCCCAACAGCACCAACCCGGGCGUCUUCUCCUUCCUCAGCCCCCUGUCUCCGGACGUCUGGGUGUACGUGCUCCUGGCCUGCCUGGGGGUCAGCUGCGUGCUCUUCGUGAUCGCGAGGUUCACCCCCUACGAGUGGCACAGCCCGCACCCCUGCAGCCCCGACCCGGACGUGGUGGAGAACCGCUUCACGCUGCUGAACAGCUUCUGGUUCGGAGUCGGGGCUCUCCUGCAGCAAGGGUCGGAGCUGAUGCCCAGGGCCCUGUCCACCAGGAUCGUCGGGGCCAUCUGGUGGUUCUUCACCCUCAUCGUCAUCUCGUCCUACACGGCCAACCUGGCCGCCUUCCUGACGGUGGAGAGGAUGGAGUCGCCCAUCGACUCCGCGGACGACCUGGCGAAGCAGACCAGGAUCGAGUACGGGGCGGUGCGGGACGGCUCCACCAUGACCUUCUUCAAGAAGUCCAGGAUCUCCACCUACGAGAGGAUGUGGGCCUUCAUGAGCAGCCGGCCGCACACGGCCCUGGUGCGGAGCAGCGAGGAGGGCGUCCGGCGGGUGCUGGCCACCGACUACGCGCUGCUCAUGGAGUCCGCCAGCAUCGAGUACGCCACGCAGAGGGACUGCAACCUCACGCAGAUCGGGGGCCUCAUCGACUCCAAGGGCUACGGCGUGGGGACGCCCAUAGGCUCGCCCUACCGGGACAAGAUCACCAUCGCCAUCCUGCAGCUGCAGGAGCAGGGGAAGCUGCACAUGAUGAAGGAGAAGUGGUGGCGGGGCAGCGGCUGCCCGGAAGAGGACGGCAAGGAGGCCAGCGCCCUGGGCGUGGAGAACAUCGGCGGCAUCUUCAUCGUCCUGGCCGCCGGGCUGGUCCUGUCCGUGUUCGUGGCCAUCGGAGAGUUUAUGUACAAGUCACGGCAGAACCACAGCGACGUGGAGCAGUGCCUGUCCUUCAACGCCAUCAUGGAGGAGCUGGGGAUCACACCCAGAAAUCAGAAGGAGUUAAAGAGGAAGCCGAGAACUAAGGGGAAACCCUCCUUCACCAGCAUCCUUACUUGUCAGCAGAGACGGACUCUGAGGAAAGAGACCGCAGCCUGA